AUGAUUUCUGCUUCUAGCUGGGUGCCCCGUGGCUAUGCCUCGGAAUUUCCUGAGAAAUACGAGCUGAACGAUGAGGAAAUGGCUCGGAUUGAGGAAAUGGCCAAUUUGCAAAUUGCAGAGGCCCAGGAAGAUUUGGACGAGGUCGAAAAUACAGAUUCCAACGCUGUCAGAUCUCAGCUGGAGAUCGAUGACGACUUGAAAGAGUACGAUUUCGACCACUACGACGACGAGCCUGUUGACGAGGUUACCGGUGAGCCGGUCUCCAUGUUCCCUGGUCUCUCAAACACUGCUGCAUCCUACAUCAAGGUGGAGAACGACGACGAGGAGAUGGGUGAAGAUGGACCUGAUGAGCAUUACAUCACGCUGCCAACCGAUAGAGAGGUUGCCGAAGAAAAGGCAGAGCUCCAAGUGUAUCCUACCGACAAUAUGGUGCUUGCUACCCGUACAGAGGACGAUGUGUCUUAUCUGGAUGUCUACAUCUAUGACGACGGAGCAGGAGCUCCUGCGGGAGCUGACGAAGAGGAGGAAGACAAAUUGGACGCUGAUAUCGCCAACGGAAUGAUUAGAGAGAACAAUCUGUACAUUCACCACGAUCUGAUGCUGCCAUCUUUCCCGCUUUGUGUUGAGUGGAUGAGUUUCAAGCCGUAUGGAGCCAACGACGAGACCAAUGUCGCCAAUUUUGCAGCUAUUGGAACUUUCGAGCCCCAGAUCGAGAUCUGGAACUUGGACAGUAUCGACAAGGCUUUCCCAGAUGCUAUUCUGGGCGAGGUGGAGUCCCAGACCAAGAAAUCGAAAAAGAAGAGCAAGAAGAGGGUCAACGCUCAUAGACACACCGAUGCUGUUCUUUCUCUUGCACACAAUCAAUUGUACAGAAACGUUCUUGCUUCCUCGUCCGCUGAUGGUACUGUGAAAUUAUGGGAUUUGACCAGCUGCCAGGUUGCCCGGUCGUUGGACUCUCUCCACGGCGGAAAGCAUGUUUCUUCUUCGCAAUGGCUUGAUGAAGUUACCGACAGCAGCAACGGAUCGAUUCUGCUGACAGGUGGUUACGAUUCCGCCUGUUGCGUGAACGACGUGCGAGUUGCUGAAGAGAAGAGCGUUUCGAGAAGAUACAACAUUGGUACUGGCGAAGAAGUGGAGUGCGUUAGAUGGAGCUCUGAUUCUACCAGAUUUUUUGCCGGAACAGAUGUCGGUAACGUUUACUGUUUUGAUGCCAAGAUGGAGUCCAAGCCAUUGUGGACUUUGCAUGCACACGAUUCUGGUAUCUCUACUUUGGAGGCCAACAAGUUUAUCAACAAUAUGCUUGUCACAGGUGCAAUGGGUGAGCAAACAGUGAAAUUAUGGAAGCUGGAUAGCCAGCAGAACCAAGCGAGCGGACCGUCGAUGGUUUUGAGCAGAGAUUUCGACUGCGGCAAGGUGCUGACCACCAGUUUUGCGCGCGACAUUGAAGUUGCCGGAAACCUCGUAAUUGGUGGCUCGGGCUCCACUUUGAAGAUGUGGGACAGUUUCAGUAACCGAAGCGUUCGCACCGCCUUUAAGCCGCAAUUAGCCGCUUUACAAAAACGUGCCAGAGAGGAGGCCAAGAAUGCCGGUCGCGCCUCGAGAAUCGCACGCAAAUACACAGAUAAGUACUCUGAAAGCGUGAUGGAGGCCGAGAGGGGCGAGGACGACGACGAGGAUGACCAGGACGAUGAGUGA